AUGCUGCACCGUAUACCGGCGUAUCGUGACCCUCUCUUGCAGGUCCUUAGCGAUGCGUUAAAGCGUGCGCUCGAUUUCUAUCGUCGUGAGAUGUCAGCUGGUAUGUCAGUUGAGUUUGAGUGCCGCCUCGGGACCUUUUCAGCAUCGAAGCACACCUACGCGCACCCGUUUCCAACCCAUACUCUCACUCCAGCCCUGUUAGAUGGACAAUCGACUACACCUUUCUUUUUCUUUGCUGGGGUAGCGCAACCAAGUUUCAUUGCGGCGCAUGAAACAUUGAAAACUAUAGGUGCCUCCAUGCCACCGCGCUCUUCAACGGUAUUGUCGGUACGAACGGUGGGAAAGGAUCGUCUAGAGUACGCCAUGAAUGAAGCAUGUAACAGUGGUCAUCUAUUGACGAUAGUAGAGAAGGAGCGAAUUUUUUCGCAUGAUGUGCGUUGCCCGGGGUGGGGUGCAGACUUUCGUGUGUCGGUCUCACGGGAGAAAACGAUUGAUAGGGAGACGUGGAACCAGGCAAAAUGGGAGUCGUUUACACCAAACAUCUCUCGACUGCGGCAGCGCAAGUCUGUUCGGAUCGAUCCGUUCCUCUCGGUGGACAUGGCAAUGGUUCGCUCCUUCACAGAUCACUCUCGCUUUGUGCGGCCGUGGUCGCCUGAGCUACAGGUGCCGUUUAUUAGUGCCCCGCACGUUUCUUUUGAUGUUGAGUUGGAAGUUAACAUGCCAGCGUUGCAUCGUGUAGUGAAGCAAACACGUCUGGUGGAGUCCACCUUGGGAAGGACGGCGCUGGAUCUCCUUACAGUGUUGCAGUUUCUGGCCGCGAAGAGGGAGUGA